AUGUCUGGCGACCUGACACCUACUCCCCUUCCCGAGGCGGAGAAGAGGGCAGAGAACGUUGUCGCCAAGGAUGAUCAGCAGAGUCAGAAUCCCGAAAAACCGGCUGUCGCCAAGCUGAGAGACAUCCAGUCGCCUGGUGUCUCCCGCAUCGAAGCCAUUUCCGGCGCCAUCACCUUGGUCGACCGCAUCUUCAUCUUCCUCAGCGUCCUCCUCAUCGCCUACUGCUAUGGCCUUGACGGCACUCUGCGAUACACCUACCAGCCUUAUGCGACGGGCUCGUUCGACAGCCACUCUCUCCUUGCCACGAUCAAUGUGCUCCGAGCGGUGAUUGCGGCUGCUGCUCAGCCCACGGCGGCCAAGAUUGCCGACGUCUUUGGCCGAGUCGAGUUGAUCUGCGUCUCCGUCUUCUUCUAUGUCAUCGGAACCGCGAUUGAGGCUUCGGCCACCAAUAUGGCGACGUACACCGGCGGCAAUGUCAUCUACCAGGUCGGCUACACAAUGAUCCUCCUGCUGAUCGAGGUCAUCAUCGCCGACAUCACCUCGACCCGGGCCCGUCUCUUCUUCAGCUACAUCCCCGCUCUGCCGUUCAUCAUCAACGCCUGGAUCAGCGGCAAUGUUGCCAGCGCUGUCCUGAAGGUGACGACCUGGAAAUGGGGCAUUGGAAUGUGGUGCAUCAUCUACCCGGUCUGCGCUCUGCCGCUCAUCAUCUCUCUCUCGGUUGUCGGACACCGCGCAAGGAAGCAGGGCCGUUUGGAGAACUACAAGUCGUCCUUUGAGCGUCUCGGCUUCAAGAACCUCGUCGUCGAGCUGUUCUGGCUGCUCGACGUCAUCGGCAUCAUCCUCCUCAUCGCCGUUUUUGCCCUCAUCCUCGUGCCUUUUACUCUGGCUGGCGGCGUCCACACGCAAUGGCGCACCGCACACAUCAUUGCACCGCUCGUCGUCGGCUUCUGCUGCAUCCCCGUCUUCAUCCUCUGGGAGCUCAAGGCCCCUCACCCGCUGGUUCCCUUUAACCUCAUGAAGGACCGCUCCGUGUGGGCUCCCAUGGGCAUCGCCGUCUGCCUCAACUUUGCCUGGUCCAUGCAAGCCGACUUCCUCUACACCGUUCUUGUAGUGGCAUUCAACUUUUCCAUUACCGCUGCGACGCGCAUCACGUCCGUGUAUUCAUUCGUCAGCGUCGUGGUCGGAGCAAUUCUCGGCUUGGUGGUUUACAAAGUCCGCCGUCUCAAGAUGUUCGUCAUUGCGGGAACCUGCCUCUUCAUGGUCGCUUUUGGUCUGCUCAUUCAUUACCGUGGAUCUACUGCUGGCUCAGCUCGUGCUGGUGUCAUUGCAGCUCAAGUUGUCCUGGGUUUUGCAGGUGGAUUGUUCCCCUAUACCGCUCAGGCAUCGAUUCAAGUCGGCCUGAAGCACGAGAACUUGGCCGUCAUCACGGGUCUCUUCUUGGCCCUCUACAACAUUGGAUCUGCUCUGGGAAAUACCGUUUCCGGCGCCAUGUGGACGCAGAUUCUCCCCCAGCAGUUGGAAACCAGACUCGCGGGCAUUAACUCCACGCUGGCGGCUGAUGCCUACGGCAACCCCCUUGUGGCCAUCGUUCCUUAUCCCCCUGGCACACCCGAGAGAGACGCCAUCAUCGCUUCAUACCAGUACAUCCAGCGCCUGCUCACCAUCACGGGCAUCUGCCUCUGCGUGCCUCUGAUCGCGUUUUCUCUGGCAAUCCGCAACCCCAAGCUCACGGGGGACCAAACAUUGGCUUCGAAGUCAGACCCCGAAGUGGCUCGGGAUAGUGACUCUCGCAAUUAA